AUGACGCCCAUGCUCCGCGCGGUGGGGCUGGCGGUAGGCCUGACGCUGAGUCGCUGUAGCGAGGACGUGUCGACGGGGGACGAUGCGGACUAUUGGGACGACGACUCGUACGGCUUCAGUGUAGCCGAGGGCUUUUGUGCGUUUCAGUGCGAUCCGGCAUAUCUCGGCGAUGGGGAGUGUGAUGAUAUGUGCAAUGUGGAGGCGUGCGACUGGGACGGCACCGACUGCUUUCAUGGCUACGGCGAGUGCUACUCGCAUCCGGACGGCUCCGACUACCGUGGUGCCCUCAACCACACCGAGAGCGGCUAUCCGUGCCAAAAGUGGUCCGCGCAGUGGCCGCAGAGGCACACGAGGAUCCACACCAACUUCCCGCACGCGGGGCUCGGUGGGCACAGCUCUUGCCGAAACCCAGACAACGAGGCGCGGCCGUGGUGCUACACCACCGCCCCGGAGACUCGGUGGGAGUACUGCGAAAUUCCCCCACUGCAGCCGUCGUGCCACCACAACCCCAGCCACAGCCGAGAGGCGCCGUCGGCAGCUCGCCCCCUCGAUGAGGCGGGGAGCGGGGACACGGAGCGCAACCCGUACAACCUCUCCUUCUACGGCUUCGACUACUACUCGUCGUACGACAUAUUCCCCUCGGUCGUGUUUGAGCGCGACAUUGUCAAGGCGCUGCCGCUCAACAAGCUCAUCCACGGCCAGCUCGACGAGCACACGUACGUCUUUUACGAGGUGGAGAUUCCUCGCUCGGUCGAGCUCAUCAAAGCGGUCGUCGUGCCUGGCGAGGGCGACCCGGACCUCUACGUCUCGUUCGACAACCCCUUCCCCACCGGCGCGAACUACACCUUCCUCUCCGAUAACUACGGUGUCGAAGAGGUGACUCUCGGGCGGUACAACUACCUCUUCUGCGGCGCGGCGGGCGUCGAGGCGUCCUGCACGCUUCACCUCUCCAUCCUCGCGUACGAUGAGUACACGACUUUCUCCCUCGUCGUCUACGGCGUCGAGGACCCCACCGCGGAGGACGCGCCGUCCCUGCAGUGUGCGCCGGGCUGCGAAUGGCCCUCCAUUGGCGACGGAACCUGCAACCAGCAGUGCAACGUCGAGGCGUGCUUCUCCGACCGCGGCGACUGCGAGGUCAGUACAGGCCACGAGAGGGUGCGGGAGCCUGGUUAA